AUGUCAGACCAGCAACGCAAACAUCUCCUCGCCUCUGCCGAGUCUUUCUGCAACGACAUCGCCUCUCAAGCCGACCUCGAGACUAUCCUCUCCCACUUUUCUACUAGCUAUACGCCCGUGGCUCUCGAACAUGGCCACAAACAGCCCGCACCUUUUCUCGGCCGGCCUUUCUUGGGGAUCGAUGGAAUUAAAGAAUAUUUUGGUCUGUUUGGGGAAUGUCUCAAGUACGACAACAUGGGUUUCAAGAACUACAUCGUCGACACGAGCGAAGAUCGUUCAACUGGUCAGAGCUGGAACGAGAUCUUUACCUACCAGCUAGCCUUUGAUACACAAGGCAAGGUCAUCAGUUAUCAUAUAUGGGCUGACUCUGGAGCUGCUUAUCUGGCUAGCAAGGGGCUGCUGGAUGAAGACGAUCUGGAAAGUGUUGCUGUUACAGCCGAGACUCGGCCUGCUUAG